AUGUAUCUCCGCGCCAUCCACGCCGAAGGCCAAAUCCCCCUCUUACAACAAUUCAUUCGCGAUAACCCAUUCGGAAUUCUCACAACAGCAAUUAAAUCCCCCUCGCACGCCUUCAUCCAAGCAAGCCACAUCCCCUUCGUGCUAGAUACGCCCUCUAACGAUGACGCAUUCCCAAACGGCAUUCUACGCGGCCACAUCGCAAAGCAAAACCCGCAAGCAAAAGCCCUAAUGGAAGCGCUGGCCGAACAAAACGCAGCUGGAAACAACUCCCUCGAACUUGCCGAUGAAGUUCUUAUCCUCUUCAAUGGCCCGCACCACCACUACGUCACGCCAAAGUUCUACACAGAAACGAAACCCGAGUCUGGGAAGGUCGUCCCCACAUGGAACUAUUCGGCCGUGCAGGCAUACGGCAGGAUUAGUGUGUACUGCAAUUCCAAGGCUGAAGAGACAGGUGCUUUUUUGCAAAAGCAGGUUGAGGAUUUGUCGCGACAGUCUGAGCGCGAUAUUAUGGGCAAUACCGGUGGUGAGAAGCCGGCUCCGUGGGAGGUUUCUGAUGCGCCGGUUAACUAUGUCGAGUUGCUAAAAAAGAAUAUUAUUGGGAUUGAGAUUCGGGUUGACCGAUUGCAGGGGAAGUUUAAGAUGAGUCAGGAGAUGAGUAAGGGUGAUCGUGAUGGGGUUGUUAAGGGGUUUGAGGAGUUGGGGUCGGAGGUUGGGAAUGGGAUUGCUGCUUCUGUGAGGGAGCGUGGUGAUAUGAAGGAUCAGCGGUAA